AUGAGCGUCAUUUCAAGUUUCGCCGUUACUGCAGUACCUUGCAGUCCUAUGGCUAUGAGUCUGCUUAAAGGUGUUCAUCAUGUCCGAUUUGCGACCAGAAGUUUAUGGCAGAUGUAUGAAACGUUGACGCAAGGUUUCGGUUUCACGUUCCAUUGUUUAUCCAAACACGGUUCAAAAUUGAAUCUUGUUCUGAAAAAUGGUCAGACAGUAGUGAUGCUCAGUGAAACUCACUCACCACCUAAUCCAUACCAUCCACUAAAGUUUUAUUCAAAGCUCUCUAACUGGGUUACAGAACAUGACGGACCAUUCGAUAUUUCUCUGGAAGUAGAAAAUGUCCAUGAAGUCUGUGAAAGGGUAACUCAGUUUUCUGGGCUUCAAAAUAUUCUUUUGGAACCGACUACGUACACUGAUUAUCAUGGAAAAGUUAUCUUAGGAGUGAUAAAAUCAUGUGUUGGGAAUUUACUUCAUACUGUUAUCGAUUCAUCACACUACAACGGUUUAUUUUUACCCGGAUAUAUUCUACCUGAACUGGGUACAAACGAUGACUUGAAGAAAAAGUUAUACAAGCAUCAGUCAAAUUCACAACUUUGUGUCAAGUAUAUUGAUCAUAUAGCACUUGCUGGUGAGAAUGGAAACUCAAAUGAUUUCAUCAAGUGGUAUGAGACAGUUUUUGGAAUGAAACGCGUAUUUGUUAAUUUGCAAGAAGAUGAAUCACAAGGGUUUUUAGUAAAAUUCAAAAAUACUGGAAUGAAACUCAAAGCUAUGUGUCAGAGGAAUUCACCUAUGAAGUCUGGUUGUGAUAAUACAUGCAAAUUUGUUUUUGUUGAACCUGUGAAGGAUUCAGAACCUAAUCAAGUCACUCGAUUUUUGCAUGCUAAUUCAGGACCAGGUUUACAACAUAUGGCAUUUGCUGUUGAUAAUAUAACUGGUGUAACAAAUAAAUGUUGUGAAAAUGGUGUAAAGUUUAUCAAUCCUCCAGAUACAUACUAUGAUAUGUUAACCCAACGAAUUGAUCUGGAACAGUGUUGUUUGAAUCUAGAAGAACUUAAAACAUCUAGAGUACUGGUUGAUAAAGAAAUAGACAUUAAUGGGAAUCAAAUAGGGACAUUACUACAGAUAUUCACAGAGCCAUUAUUUGAAAAAAAUGGUUUCUUCAUGGAAUUAAUUGAACGUCGUAAUCAAUCAACUGGCUUUGGAGAAAAUAAUAUCAAUGCUUUAUGGGAAGCUUUAGAAUUAUCACAAACAAUAAAAAAUCGUACAGUCAAUCGGUUACCGUCUAAUUAA